ACAAUUUCAUCCAUCCAUAGCUAGCCAUUGAAGGAAAAACCAAAAGAAACAAGUUCAGCCAUGUUGUUGCUUCAGCUCUUGUCUUCUUACUUUCUACCCUUCUCCCUCUUGUUGCUCUUCCUCUUCCUCUGCUACUCCUCCUUCGUCAAUGAAAAAGCCUCAAAAAACCAGCCACCGUCACCGCCAAGGCUCCCAAUCAUCGGGAACCUUCACCAGAUCGGCUACUACCGCUAUCGCUCGCUCCAGAACCUAUCCCGAAAGUACGGCCCGCUGAUGCUUCUUCGCUUCGGCAGCGCGCCUGUGCUCGUGGUCUCCUCGGCCGAGGCCGCUCGCGAGGUCAUGAAAACCCAGGAUCUGAGCUUCGCAAGCAGACCCAAACUAAGCAUUCACCGGAAGCUUCUCUAUGACACCAAGGACGUGCUCUUUGCUCCCUAUGGAGAGUACUGGAGGCAAGUGAGGAGCAUUUGUGUGGUCCAUCUUCUGAGCAAAAAGCGGGUCGAAUCCUUCCAGUACGUGAGGGAGGAAGAAACGGCUGUCCUGAUCCAGAAGAUCAGAAAGUCGUGUUCUUCUUCCUCUGCGGUGGUGAACUUGACGGAACUGUUCAUGUCGCUGACGAAUAAUGUAGUGUGUAGGAUCGCGUUGGGGAGCAAGUACAGUGGGGAUGAGGAAGGCGGAAGGAAGAUCAACGAGCUGCUGGCGAGGAUUGUGGAGCUGAUGGGAAUGAAUCAUUUGGGCGAUUCCAUUCCAUGGCUUGGUUGGAUCAAUUGGGUGAAUGGUUUGGAUGCUAAAGUGGACAAAGUUGCUAAAGAGAUGGAUGAGUUUCUUGAGGGUGUGGUGCAAGAACGAAUUGAGCGGGACAAGAGACAGAGCCAUGAUUGCGGCGAAGAGGGUCAAGAUUUUCUGGAUAUUCUGCUUGAAAUUCAGAAAGACAACAUAGCUGGCGCUCCUGUUCAUCGAGAUACUGUGAAAGCUCUCAUCUUGGACAUGUUUGGUGCGGGGAUCGAUACAACCUUCUCAGCUCUAGAGUGGACAAUGGCAGAGAUCGUGAAACACCCAGACGUGAUGAAGAAACUUCAUAACGAGGCUAGGGAAGUCGCCAAAGGCAAGCCGGACAUAACCGAGAGCGACCUAGACAAAUUACAUUACUUGAAGGCAGUGAUCAAAGAGAGCCUCCGGAUUCACUGCCCUGUCCCCUUGCUGGCUCCCCGAGAAUCCAUCAAAGACGCCAACGUGAUGGGCUACCACAUUAAAGCUGGCACACAAGUCAUUAUCAAUGCUUGGGCCAUUGCAAGAGACCCAUCGUACUGGGAAGACCCUGAGGAGUUUCGACCCGAGCGAUUCAUGAACCCUAAUUCAUUGGAUUUCAGAGGGCAGAACUUCGAGUAUAUCCCUUUUGGUUCUGGAAGAAGAGGCUGCGCUGGUAUUUCAUUCGCCAUGCACAUUAACGAGCUUGUGUUGGCUAAGCUUGUGAAUGAGUUUGAUUUCUCGCUGCCGGGUGGUGCUGGCGGGGAGAGCAUGGACAUGAGCGACGCCAUUGGCAUCACGAUCAAGAAGAAAACCCCACUGGUUGUAGUGGCGACACCGCAUUUCUUCUAGGCUGAGGAUGGAAUCAUGCCACUUCCAAUCAUGCGCUCGCUUAAUGGCGAGUAAAUUAAUUAAUGUGUUAGAAUCUUUAUAUUGAUAAGGAAAAAAAAAAAAGCAUGCCAUUUUCCUUAAAGAAUAAAAAAAUCACAACAAUUACUGUUAAAUUGUAAGAAGAAAAUAAUUAUCAAUUUCUCUUUAAUAAUAAGAGUAAAACACCUCUUAUAAUAAGAAAUGAGAUGAUUGGAGAUGUUUAAAUUUUGUGAAGAGGGGAUAUUUAUACUUGAACCUUACCCCUCAUCUUCUUAUAUAUAUAUAUAUAUAUAUAUUUUUAAAUAUUUAUUUGUCAAAAA